GCUGCCAGGCGCAUGCGCGGCUCAGCCAUGCGGGUGGUGGUGGGUGGAGGGACUGGCUUCGUGGGCAGAGCCCUGACCCAGCUGCUGCGGAGCCGCGGGCACCAAGUGACCCACGUGUCUCGACAGGGGGGCAAGGAUCGGAUCAGCUGGGAAGAGUUGUCCCGCACUGGACUGCCCCUGUGUGAUGCCGUGGUCAACUUGGCUGGUGAAAAUGUACUCAACCCUUUCCGCAGAUGGGGUGAUGCCUUCUGCAGGGAAGUCAUCAGCAGCCGGGUUGAGACCACAAAGACCUUGGCCAAAGCCAUUGCUGAUGCUGAACAGCCACCCCGUGCUUGGGUCCUCGUCACUGGCGUAGGCUAUUACUGCCCCAGUCCCACAGCUGAGUAUACUGAGGACAGUCCUGGAGGGAAUUUUGACUUCUUCUCACGCCUGGUGAGCUCCUGGGAGGCUGCAGCUCUCAUCCCUGGGAGCCCAACUCGUGGAGUUGUGGUGAGAUCAGGUGUAGUGCUGGGUCGAGGUGGUGGUGCAAUCUCUCAAAUGCUUUGGCCUUUCCGUCUGGGACUUGGAGGCCCCUUGGGCUCUGGGCUCCAGCCCUUCCCAUGGAUCCAUAUUCGGGACCUGACUGGGAUCGUGUGUCACGCCCUGGAGAGUGAGUGCCUGCAAGGUGUCCUCAACGGUGUUGCCCCGUCCUCCUCUGCCACCUCCAACGGCACCUUUGCUCGGGAGUUUGCUGCAGCCCUGGGGCGCCCGGCCCUGCUGCCAGUGCCUGCCUGGGCUGUGCGGGCUGUCUUUGGGGCAGAGCGGGCUGUCAUGCUGCUGGAGGGACAGAGGGUGCUGCCGAAACGCACCCUGGAGAGUGGCUACUGCUUCAUCUUCCCUGACCUGGCUGGAGCUCUGAAGGAGAUUGUGGCUUGAGGCUUCCUUGGCUGGGCUGGGCCGGGCCCUGUUUUUGUGAGCUCACAUGCACUCGCCUGGGUGAAAGAGGGGAGCCCUGCCCCUUGACACUUCCCCAUCCCCAUCCAGAAAGAGUGAGCGAUCUUUUCCCCAUCUGUCUCCCUGUGUGCACCCCCAGUUUGAGUCAUCCCUCUUACUGCCAUCUGCAGUCUGCGUUAGCUGCAUUGCAUUUGGGGAAGGGCACAAGCCCCUCAAAGGAUUGUGACUGUGGAAUUGCACAUCUUUCUUUUUCCACAAUGUGCAUGUGAACUGCUGGCAAAGUAGCUGGGGGUGGAAUGUCUUCUUCCCCGAGAGGUGGGUGGCAGCAGGAAACUGGUUGUAGUUAUUAGCUGUUGUAAUUCUUCCAUGGUACUGGAAGUUUUUCCCCAUCUUUCCUUCAUGAUGACAUAGAAACCUACUUACGCUCUUCUGCUUUGCCUUUCUCAAUCUCAGUGGUUGUGCUGGUUUAAAGGUAAACCGUCAGGGGAAAUGAACCCAACUCAAAAGAGAUUGUAAGUCAGAAUAACAAUUUAAUAAAAAUAAUACAAUAAAUACAAUUAUACAGACGAACAAUUGGUUUUAGCCCACAAAAACCCAGAUGUAUAACCCAGCACCCUGGGGCACGAACAGAAUGUUGUUUGUUGGCUCCCAUGCUGAGCUCCACGUGAUCCCCUGAGUCCAAAAGUAAAAGGAGAGGAGAAAAACGUGUUGGUGCGAGUGAUGGUCGCAGUCUGGUUGAGAGUGGUGGUCACAGUCCAGUCGAGGUUCUGGUCCUUCUCUGGAUCCCGUGGGUGGUACCAGAAGUCCCAAGACACAAGAGCGAGUUCCUGCUGGCUCCCAGAGCUGCUACCACAGGCUGUGGUGCCUGCUCCCUCUCUCCCCCAUCUGACUUCAGUAUUGGUCCCAAAUCCAUGCAUGCCAGCUCCCCAGUAGCUGGCACUUAGCCCUUGCAGUGCUCACAUGGGACAGUGAGGUUGCUCAGAGAGUUAUGGAAAGAUAGAAUAAGCCAGGAUGCGUUGUGGUCAUGUGUAGAGCUCAGUCAGACCAGCACUGACUGGCCCUGUUUUACACCCACCCAGCCUCUUAUAACCCUUUUCUGUCUAACCCCCUUUUGGCUGCUCACUACCCUUGCCCGUUCCCUCAACAAUUAACACAUCCAACAUCCUGGCUACUCAAGUUUGUAUCCUUAGUUGCAAAGUCCUGGCUGCCUAUAGCUUCUUGAGAGCUCAUCAGUUGGUGUGAAUGGUGCCAUUUUUUUCUGGUUAUUUGCUUUGUUAAUGUUAAUAGGUCAGGUUUUCUCUCUUUUGUUUCCCUCCCUUUCCUUCCCUACUGUAAAAAUAAAUGUUCUCAGCCUUACCCCUUCAGGUGACUGAUCAGGUUUGUUUUUAUGGCGUCUGGCUCCCCAUCAUGUGUCUGGUUUAUCUCUGUGUUGUUUAUGACUCCUUUGACCAGAUAUCCCUAAAUGAGCAGACAUGCUCCUUCCACAUCCCCUGAUACUGCCCCACUGCCAGGAAUUUUGGCAGAAGCUGCACUCCUCCUUGACCUGCUGGAGCCCAAAUGGGCCUCCCUAUGGGCUGUGCUCAUGGGGGCAAUGACCCCUCUGGGCAUUGAAAGGGUUGGUUGUGUGUGUGCAGGGGCUGUGAUCGCUGGCCUCAUCAGAGGCAAUAGGCAGGGAGAUGCUGAGGCAUUUAAAAUCAGUAGCACCUCUGUAAGUGUAUCAGUUUGUACAGGCAAGUCCAGUGUAUGAUAGGUGCAUCUCUCCAGGCACCGGGAUGUGGGAUGUCUGUGGCUGAAUGGAUCCUGGGGUUUUGGUCUCAUUCCAGCCAAGCUGAGUGAUCUGCACUGGUGCCUUGCUUUGCA